GGAGCCUAGACGCGCCUGCGCAGCUGCCCUGCUCCGGCUUCCGGGUAGUGCGAGCGCAGCGGGGCGGAGGGCCAGUGCCGCCGAGUAGCUGCGGCGUGUGGGCGUGUGCGUGGAGCGGUCUGGCCCUAGGGCAAGGGUGCAGGGGUCUUUGGGAGAGAGCCGGAGGGUACAGAGAGCCUGGGAUCGCCGCCUGCCGCAGCUACCUGGCAUGUCGGCCGAGGCCUCGGGCCCGGCGGCAGCCGUGGCCCCGUCCCUGGAAGUCCCUAAGCCCUCGGGUCUCGAGCCUGGCCCCGCCGCCUAUGGUCUCAAGCCGCUGACCCCGAACAGCAAGUACGUGAAGCUGAACGUGGGCGGCUCGCUGCACUACACCACGCUGCGCACCCUCACGGGACAGGACUCCCUGCUCAAGGCCAUGUUCAGCGGCCGUGUGGAGGUGCUUACCGACGCCGGAGGUUGGGUGCUGAUUGACCGGAGCGGCCGUCACUUUGGUACAAUCCUCAACUACCUUCGGGACGGGUCCGUGCCACUGCCUGAGAGUACCAGAGAACUGGGGGAGCUACUAGGUGAAGCACGCUACUACCUGGUACAGGGCCUGAUUGAGGACUGCCAGCUGGCGCUACAGCAAAAAAGGGAGAACCUGUCCCCGCUGUGCCUCAUCCCCACGGUGACAUCUCCCCGGGAGGAGCAGCAGCUCCUGGCUAGCACCUCCAAGCCCGUGGUGAAGCUCCUGCACAACCGCAGUAACAACAAGUACUCCUAUACCAGCACUUCAGAUGACAACCUGCUUAAGAACAUUGAGCUGUUUGACAAACUGGCCCUGCGCUUCCACGGGCGGCUGCUCUUCCUAAAGGAUGUCCUAGGGGAUGAGAUCUGCUGCUGGUCUUUCUACGGGCAGGGCCGCAAAAUCGCCGAGGUGUGCUGUACCUCCAUUGUCUAUGCUACGGAGAAGAAGCAGACCAAGGUGGAAUUCCCAGAGGCCCGGAUCUUCGAGGAGACCCUGAACAUCCUGAUCUAUGAGACUCCCCGGGGUCCAGACCCAGCCCUCCUGGAGGCCACAGGGGGUGCAGCCGGAGGUGGCGGGGUGGGCCGAGGGGAGGACGAAGAGAACCGAGAGCACCGUGUCCGCAGGAUCCACGUCCGGCGCCACAUCACCCACGACGAGCGUCCUCAUGGCCAACAGAUUGUCUUCAAGGACUGACCUUUGACUCUUCCCCUGCCUUCCUCCUGCCCUGGGACCCAGUUCCUGUCUGGCUUUCCUCCCCUUCCCGACCUUUGCCCCGGCUCUGCUGGCCAAGUCGCGGGUCUUCCUCCAUCCCUUCGUUGCAUGGUGCAUUUCACUUGGCCCUUUUCCAUUCAUUCCCAGCUCUUGCUAACAACACGGUACAUUCCAGCCCCUCUCUUAGUCAUAGCCCUUCAGAAGGCCAACAUUCAUCCCCUCAUCCCAAUUCUUGUUUUGCCUUCCCUCACCAGCUGGUUUAGAGUGAUUCAGAAGUUCCUUUCUCCUUUCUUAGUACACUGUCCGUGCCAAAGUGUCAAGCCUGCCAUUAAUACCAUCCACCACACUCUCCUCCUCCCCACGCUGUCCUUACCUCCUUAACUUUGUACUAGGCUGGUCUGGGCCUGCACCAGCUCAGCUGUCUUCUCAGUCUGUUUCAUAUUAUUUAUUAUUUUAAUUUUCUAUUAAAUUAUUGAAAUAAAGUUGAA